AUGGACCUGUCAUUGGACGACCUCAUUGCGAGUCGCAAGCCGGAGAAGAACAAGUCUGAGAAGGCGGCGAAGGGGUCCGCGGGCAAGACUGGGCAGAGCGGCCCCAAGAGUGGUGCCAAGAGCACGAAGAAGGACCGGCCGGUGAUUACGCCAACCCGUCGGAGUGCAGGUGUGCCAGCGGUUAGGCGGACACAGACUCCUGUAAAAAACUUGAAGAUCGGAGCGCCCAUUUUGGUCAGUCGGCGACUACUGGAUGGGGUGGCUAAGGGUGGGGUUGGCAAGCGGUCGUCAACGCGUGCUGACGACCGACAUGGGGCCAAGCAAGUGGCCAAGACCGUGCCUAAGGUCGUCCGGUCACCCGUCCUGCGGCGACACUCACCCGUUCGUACCGCAGAACGUGCGCUGCUUUCCGAACAAGACAAAUUGCAAGCAGCCAAGAUCAAGGUCAUCACCCAACUUGACCGCGUUCCUGCCCCCACUGGCGCCGUCCGUCAGUUCGUCGAAGAGUCUCAGCAACGCAGCGGACGACGCAUCACCGAGUCCAACAGGCGCCUCUCCGACCACUUCCGGUAA